AUGAACCUGCAACUACAGGGAAAGAACAUAAAUUUGGCCAAAGCGAAGGGUGUAGUCGGAGCAUUCAUUGACAAAUUAUCUAUUUUUGAAGAAAAUAUGCAGAGAAAAGAUCUGACCAAAUUCCUCAACUUGAAAUCUUCUUGUGGUGGUUCUGAGGAUUUUCAAACAUACUGCCUCUACCUUCAAACACUAAAAGAAGAUCUGCAGUCCCGAUUCCAAGAUUUAACUAGUCUAAAAGUGCCAACUUGGUUUAUCAAUUCUUUUAUCACAACAUAUCUAGUGGAGGAAGGUUUUAGUUUUGUGUGUAUAUUGAAAAACUGA